UGGAGUUCUCAUGCAAACUCUUCCUUUCACUUCUCCUCCUCCCAAUGAUUGCAAGAUGCAGCGCCAACUUCAUCAGCCAGGAAUGUGGCAAAAAUUUCAGCAUUAGCACCUACAGCACGCUGCCAGACAGCAUCAAUCGCGCCUUCUUCGGCCUCAUAGCGAAGACUUCACUCUACGGCUUCGCCACUGCUUCCUAUGCUUCCGGCACGGACGCCAUCUACGGCGUCACUCGAUGUCGUGGGGACAUCACCCUCGAGGCUUGCUCGGCCUGCAUCUUAGAAGCAGCGGAUAAUAUACGAACAAGCUGCCCUGUUUCCGCCGAAGCACGGAUUUGGUACGAACAGUGCUUCAUUCAUUACGACUCCAACAAUAAUUUCCUCGGACAGCCAGACACGAGCCAAGUUAAAUAUUAUCAUACAACAAAGGAAUCAACAGAUCCAACAGACUUCAAUCAAACUCUGUGGAAUGUAUUGGGUGGAGUCAAAUCCGCUGCCGCAACCGCGGAUAACAGAUUUGGACGCGGUGAGAGUAAACUUUCAAACAGUAAUAUGACUAUCUAUGGAAUGGCGCAAUGCACUCGUGAUCUUCAAGAAUCAGCUUGCUACACAUGCUUGAAUGUAUUAUUCGAGUUUAUGACAUCUGGAAAAUGCAAAGGCGUUAUAGGUUGCUAUGCGAUGAGUAUUAGUUGUGUGUUAAGGUAUGAGGAUAAUCCUUUUCUUGAAGACGCUUCACCUCCAAGUUCUAAUGCAUAUGCGCCUGCUUCGCCUUAA